UAGACUAUUAUUAAUAGUAUUAUUUCUAUGGGUGGCAACACUACCGUCGAAGAAAACGUAACCUCAAAAUAAAACAUUUGUAAAUAAAUUUAUCAUGGAGAACUAUAAAAAAGGUAAAAACGUUGAAGAGCCACUAAACAGAAAUAAUAUACCGAUUCCUAAUUUGCCAAAUAAUUUCUUAUGGAUGCAAGUCAGAGGAGGAAGUAAAAUAAGGAACUUACUAACGCAUGCUUUAAAUGAGUUCCCUGAAACAAAAAACGUAGUUUGGACAGGAUUUGGACCAUCUGUAGGGAAAGCCGUUACAUGUGCAGAAUUAACAAAAAGAGAAUACAAUAACAGAUUGCACCAAAUUACAAAACUUAGUCAUAGACAAGUAGAUGAAUAUUGGGACCCUUUAUUGCCUGAGUUGGAUAAACUGGUAGUAAAAAGAAAAUUACCUAUGAUUCACAUUUAUUUAUCAAUAGAUCCAAUUAAUAGUAAAGAGUUAGGAUACCAAGCACCUGGAGUUUUUUUACCUUAUAAAUCUCAUGAUCCAAAAGCAAAAAAAAAGUUUAACAAUAAUAGAAGUAAGACAAACAAGAAGACUAAUAAUAAAAACCUGAGAAAAAAUGAAAAUAGUGGACAAUCAACUUCAAAGGACAAUACAGAUGUUAAAAUGGAGUUAUAAAAAC